AUGGCGCGUUCGUGCUGGAGGCCGUUGGAGAUUGGCCCCAGACCUCUUAGACUAGGCAAUGUAGCAUUAAAAAUGGGUCGAAUGCUAAACAGACGUUGGUUGAAGCGAGGACGUUUUUCGUAUCCAACAAGAGGCGCGGGUUGUGUUGCCGUUCUUCACUCGCUGCCAUAUGCGACCUGUCGCGCUACGUCAUCCGCGACUCCGUUGCAUGUUUUCCAAGGGCAUGUCCCCAUGGCAUGA